AUGCUCGUUCCUGCUGCUAUAUGGAUUGAAUACCAUCGUUAUAGGAUUUCAAAAUUACUCCGAACUCGUACAAAAGAUUCAUCUAACAUAACAUCUUCAUAUGAAAAUAUUAGAUGUUUUUCUCUUAAAUUGACAUCCACACUCACAACGGAUGUGAUAACCAAUGGAGAUAAAUUUAAACAUACUGUAUAUAGUCAAGGAAUUUGUGGUAAUCUCCAAAUUCCACCUAAGAAACGAUCAUGCACACCAUUUUUACAUAUACAUCCUUAUCAAACAGAAAUAUUUACUAUUCUUCAAGGUCAUUUCUCUUAUCAAUAUGGUGAUGAAAUAUAUUCGUGUGAUAUUCAUACAUGUCCAUCACCUAUUAUUAUUCAUCCAAAUAUUCCUCAUACAUUUUGGAUGAAUGAUAAUAAAGAAGAUCUUAUUUUAAUUGUUCGUAUUGAACCAACAUAUAAAGACCGUGGUCUAUCAGCUAAAUCAUUUGAAAAUAUAGUUGGUGUUGUUCGUGAUAAAUAUAUGACUAUAUGGCAAGCAUUCGUAUUUGUCGAUAAUAUUGAAACAUAUCCUAUAUUUUUACCAUUCCCGUUUGUAAAAAUAAUAAUUAAAAUUGGUUCUUUAAUUGAACAAUUACUUGGUUAUCAAACAGAAUAUGAAGAAUAUACAACGAAAUAA